AUGUUGUCCAAAAGAAACCAAGAGACUCCAAUUCCUGGCCGGUAUCGCGCGACGAAGGCCUCGGCGUUCACGCUCCAGUCGCGCAGAAUUCCUCGCGACAGAACCAAAGACAGAGUUCCCAAAGACAAAGAACGAGAUAGUUCUGGUUCUGGCUCUGGUUCGAUUGGCAGUAAGACUCGACGAGUCGAGCAUCGUCGAAAAUUUGAUAAACCCCCAGAUGUAACAAUUCCCUCAACAAGCCCAAUUGUAAUGCUCCGCGUGGGCCCAGAAAAACGCCUCUUCGCCGCCCACGAAGCCAUCCUCCAUGCAUCCCCCUUCUUCGCUGGUCACUGCGCAGCGCAAACACCAAACCCUGAUGCGCCGCGGCCAAGACUUCCUCUCCAACCACCAAGCAAGCGCAUCGACCUCCCAGAAGAGCAACCCGAAGUCCUCUCCUGCGUCCUCGAAUACCUCUACAAGGGCGACUACUACCCGCGUCUGCGACACAAUCGCAAAACCCAGACAUGGGAAUUAGAGGACGCGGAUGCGGGCGUUGGGGUCGGUGCUAGUGGGGAAUUGGGACAAGCGACGGCGACCGUGUUUCAUCAUCGGGCGCAGGGGGGUGAUAUUGCGGGAUACGGCUAUUUACGUCUCGCUUUGCGCAAGCAAGGCCUGCACACUGGGAUCCAGUGCAGUACGAUACUUGCGAGUGCACGAUUCGCGUAUGCCAACACGCCAGACACGGAGUCGAAGCUGCGGGCGCAUUACCUUGCGCUGAUUGUGAAGUCGCGGAGCACUUUUAUGCGUAGUGGGACUAUGCAAGCAGAAAUGGAGCGUGGGGGCAAGUUGUUUUUUGAUCUUUUUGUUGCUUUGUGUAAUCAUAUGGACGAUUAUACUGGCCAGUCAGUUGAUAGUUCUGCCGUUACGACUCAUUGUUAG